AUGGCUGACGCACCGCAGCCUCCUUCCGCGCCCUCUGCCGAUCCACCUUUACCUGCGCCUGUCCCUUCAGCUCCCGCAGCUCCUCCGCCCUCAGACUCCGCCGCACCUCUACCGAAGCAAAGUACAGGCACUACAAUGAGCGACAUUAACGGCAGCUCGAAUACACCAACCGCAGACCUGUCCAGUGCCUCUGCAACACAAGUUCGCCCUGGCGGUGCCCCGGCGCGGGUAUAUCUGAACGAUAAGAUCGUGCCGCACCUGCUGGAAGGGAUGAAGUCUAUUGCGCGGGACCAGCCUGCAAACCCGCUCCGGGCACUGGGUGAAUUCCUGAUCCAGAAGAGCAAUGAGGUGGAGGUUGAUGCGAAGAGAGAGUCGGAAUGA